UUCGCUAUCAGCAGAUUCAGCACAACUGCACAAGCGGCCUCUAUUAAACAGAAGUUUUGAUUCACUUUUAAAGUUUAAACGCUGUUUUUCUGGUUUUUGGUAAUGUUUGGUCUUGGAAAACUCUUGGGUUCUUUUAAAGGGAAAAAACCUAUCUUAAUUCUCAAGUGACAGACUGGUUAGCAGUACUCGAUUACUGUACUGUGGAAUCGCAUCUCAAUGUCUGCCACUGUGGUUAUAGCCGGUGCUUCAGGAUUUGUUGGUCGGCACCUGGCGAAGGUGCUGAACAGGGAUGGAUACAAUAUUAUUUGUGUUACACGCAGGACGUCGCAAUUAAGCGCAAGUUCACCGUACUUCCACGAAACUAUAACCUGGGACCAUCUACAACUUCAUGGGCUUCCUCAAUGCGACGCGGUGAUCAAUUUGGCAGGCGAAAAUAUUAUGAAUAUGACGCGAAGAUGGGAUGCUAAAUUUAAAAAAGAUGUUUUCACAAGCCGGACAGCAUCAACCAAGUUUUUAGGAGAAGUAAUUCUUGCAACGAAAACGAAGCCGAAAGUAUUUAUUACUGCAAGCGGUGUUGGCUAUUACCAGCCGAGUCCGACGGAGGAAUACACCGAAGCCAGUUCGGGAGGCAAACAUGAUUUUCUGGCUCAACUGGCGGAUGCCUGGGAAAAGGCUUCGCAUUUACCACGCGAGUCAGGCGUGCGUGUGAUAAAUCUUCGUUGUGGGGCUGUACUCGGUCGCGACGGUGGCGUCAUUAAAAACUUGUAUUGGCCAUUUUAUUUUGGACUGGGUGGACCGGUUGGUGACGGGAAGCAGCCUUUUCCUUGGAUACAUUUGGAUGAUCUGGCCCACAUUUACAAGUACACCCUGGAAAAUAAACAGUGCCAUGGAGCGUACAAUGCAGUUGCUCCACAAAUCAUCACGAAUGCCGAAUUUACUAAAGCCUUUGCCAAGGCUAUGCACCGACCAGCCGUCAUACCUGUCCCCAAGAUAGCACUGAACGUUAUACUGGGGAAAGAGAGGGCAAAGAUACUUACCGACGGACAGAAAGUUCAUCCCAAAAAAAUCGUCAGUGAUGGCUUUGGGUUUCUCUUUCCAACCAUCAAAGAGGCGUGUGAAGAUAUCUGCAUGCCUACAAUAGUACAUGAUUAGUUCCAAGCUUUUCGCUUCAGCAGCUGCGUAACCUUUUGAGAUUCUGGCGGGGAGAAUUUCGCUUUUUAAAUUUUUUCACUGCGAAAUAAUUUGUUUGCGAAGUAGCAAAUGCUUUUUUUUCGGCAAUGAGGAAUCUGCUCAUUAAUAGUGGCUGCUCUAGUUAGCAAGUGCUAUUAUGACUGAUAACAUGUCCGCAAAUUGACGUCUGUGCAAGAGGUGUGUGGUAAAAAUGCUAGUGGGUAAUUUAAUGUAAAAAGUUAAAAAACAAAUACCGCUGAAUUCUCCGAAACAAAACAACGGCUUUGAAAUGAAAAGAAUGC